AUGACAACAAAUUUACAUAAAUUAUCUUUGCCCAAGAGUCUGACAUCUUCAACUGACAGCGAUGCUUUCUCAAAAGAUCUUUUACGUCAAUUUGAUAAGAAGAGAUCAAGAUUACACUUUGAAUUAGGCUUUACAUCUCAAGCACCAUCACCGGAAUCGUCCAUUAUCACUACACCAGCGACGAAUGAUUACCAAUACGAGGAGCCAGUUCAACUAGAUCAGCAAGAGGAGGAGGAGGAGGAGGAGGAGGAGAUGGCAGCCGCUGGAAGGACAACAGAGGAUUCCAUUAGACAACGAUCGACAGCAAGCAAGCGAUCUUCAUCGGCUAGUGAUUUAUUGCGUAGAUCCUCUGCCUACCUCAAAUCAAAGUUUGAUUUAAUAAAAAAGAACAAAUCCCAUGAUGAUUACCUUGAGCAUCAUCAUUACCAUCACCACGACAACACGCCCAUCGAUAUAGCAGACAAACCCACAAAAUUAUUUAUGAAGACGACUAUAUCCAUUCCAUCUACCACUGCCGCUAAGCCUAAUCCCACUAUUGCAUCUAAUCCGCCUACUAUAACUCAAUAUCCACCAAAGCCGCUUGUGUAUUCCCCUAUUGAACCUAUUCCCCGUUUGCAGCACGAAUCAAAAACAUUGCUACAUCGUAUAUCUAUGCCAUUAAUGCGUGUCUAUAACCAAGACAAUGCAUCUCUCACUCGCAACAAGUCCAUUACCUCACUUGUCAAUCGUAGACGCAAGUCCGAGCCAGAUCAACAUACCAAAAGAAAGCUAAAGAGACAAUAA